ACCAGAUAGACACAAUUUCGGACAUUCGGCUUUCGAUUCAACGAGUAAUUGUGUAACAACUAGAUCUUGCCAUGGCAAACAAAAGGUCUAAAUUGGACAUCAGUUCAAUUCACCGGCAGUUGAAAAAUCACGAUGCCGUAUUAUAUAAUGGAAUCAAAAACUUCGAAAACAAACAAUCUCUCGUAUGUUUUGUCCGAAUCCUGGCAUGCAGUGGUGGCUAUCGAAAUAGUUUUUCUGAUGCGUGGUGUGAAACGGAAAUUGAUUACACUAAAUGUGUGCUAUACAAACAUUUGUUUGACAUUGGGAUUUUGGAGAAAUUUUUGGACACGGGUGUUCUACCCAAUAGCCUAAACGAAAACCAGAAAUAUAUUGUUCUGCUGGCUUUGCAGACCUUGGCUCUGUUUAUGGACGAUUAUGAAGAAACAAAUAAAAUCAUACAGAAGUACAGAAAAACAAGUUUAAAAGAAGUUUAUUGGACUGGAAUAUUUGGAACACACAUUAUUAAGAAACUUGCCACAAGUAAGAAUAUGAAGGUCAGUGAGUGUGGUUAUGAAAACUGUGGUGCAGAGCAAUGCCAUUGUGGAUGUGGUGAACAAUUGGUUUAUGGCGACACAAGUAUGGGUCACAGAGAAGUUUGGCAUGGCAGUGUUGACAUCCUUCUGCAAAGUGCAGCAGUAGAAGUAACAACAGAAGAAAUUGAAGACCUUGAAGACUUUGAAAUGAAAAUAGAUGACCUUGAGAAACAACCGUUUCCUCAAGCGAUUGUAACAAGUUGCUCUAUGAGAGGCCCUACACCACUGAUAACAGUUUCAAAAACAAAUGUUAAAAUCUUCCUGUAUGACUACGAUUCUGACCUUCUUUUUGAAAGUGAAGAGUUCUUUUUUGACAUGAAACUUGAAAUUUCUACAAUUUUAGGACUAUGGCUUGCAAUAAAUAACCAAGCGUUUGGUUUGCCAAUUAAUCCUGCCUUUAUAGAGGCUGGUUGUCGUUCAGGUUUCAAAACACUCAUGCAAGAGGCUAAUAAACUGGAUGUCUAUGAAAACCAUACACAUUUAUAUGGGUGCAAGAAUGUGUGUAAUAUUGGACUGCCUAUUCAUGAAGUUUUUUCAAGAACCAAGCGAGGAAAUAUUCAGAUUAUAUUGCCCAAAUGACUUGAGCUAGACUAUAAUUUAAAGAACAGGUAAAGCUAUUGGACUCAGCGAUGCGUCCGCAUCAACGUCCCAAUUCGGUUGAGUAUUUAGCUCACCUGAGCCAAUGGCUUACUGUGAGCUUUUGUGACCGCUCCAUGUCUGUCGUCCAUCGUGUGUCCGUCAGUAUUUUUUAAAAAAUCUUCUUAAAAACCAAGGGGUGGAAUUACACCAAACGCUGAAACUGUAUCACUUUGCCUUCAUCAGGGAUAAUAGAUAAGAUGUAAAAUGUACCUUGGUGAUUUCCAGUGUAAUGCAGCUUGCAAAGUUAGCUGUCUAUAAUUCACAAACAAUCUGACCAUGUUUAAUGUAUUUUGGAUGAAAAGCAACUAAAAAAGAGCUGUCAAGUAGACAUCAAUGCUAGACUAUUCAACAGCCUUGUCAAAUGAAUGAAUAUGAAAGUCGAAAAAGGGGCAUAAUUUUAGAUUAGUAUCUUCAAAGUUACAGCCUCUGCAUUGUUUGAAAUUUUACGAUGUUCAUUUGGAGUCCUAAUGCAUUAUAACAACUGGAUGGAACUUCAUGUAAUCUAAAAUAAAUAUGUAAAACUAUAGAGCAAUAUAGCAUGCAGUUGUUUUAUCCAGAUUGAACCACUUGCUCUUUGAGUUAUGGCCCCUUAAAUGAAAUUUAACAAAUUUAUUUGAAGUCCGUCUGGAACCAUAUCUCAGAAACCAAUGGUGGGAAUUUAAUAAAACUUAAAUUAAAAAUGAAAUUGUAUCACUAUAAAGCGGUGGUCAAUUUGGUACAAAUGUUCCUUGGGUGGCCCUAUACAUGUACCAAGAUUUUUCAAAUUAUUGAUAUUUGUUUAAACAAUGGCCACCACUGGUAGGGCUGAAUUUGGAACAUAAUCCUUGGGUGACCCUCUAUGAAUCAUUUAAUUUGUUUCAAUUAAUGUACUGAAACAAUAAAGCAAUGCUGUAUUGAAAUGUGUGCACAAUGUUUUAUGCAUGUACAUGCACAUAAAUAUCUCUCUAUAAAUGUUAGAAUGUGUUGUUUAUAAAUACUUACCUUAUGUUACAAUCAUUUUAAUAAAGAUAUUAAAUUAA